AUUUGUCCGAGAAGGGAAACAAGCCCGAUAAAUAAACCCUAAUUAUCGUCAAUACUGAUCUGUCCGCCUCCCUCCUCCUUCCUCUCUAACCCUGAAUCUCUCAACCUCAGACCUCUCCAACGCCGUCCAUCCUCCAGCGGCCAGCUCUGACCCGGCUCCCCUCCACCCACGCUGUCGUCUCCAAGCUCCAGGCUCCAGCAGUCCAGUUUCACGCCACGCCUCCAGACCAGAAGAAGCCACCGAUAUGGGAAGGCGACGGAGCGGUGGCAGCACUGGAAAACUGCAUUCCAACAAUGACCGAAUUCUCCGCCGCCACAUUGAAUCCGCUGGGAAAAGCUACUCGACCGUCGACGAGCUGGUGGACCACCUCCGCUCCUCCUACCCGCACUACUCCCGCCACAAGCUCCGGCCUUUCACGAAGCAUGUGGAAAGAGUAAUUGCGGUUCACGAUAUGGACCACUCAGACGACGGCGAUACUCCAAUCGCGAUCAAACGAAGGAAGAUAGACGAUAAAGAGGAGAAGCUGCUUCAAAUUGAAGCGGAGCACCUGAGGCGUCGGAGCGGCGACACGAUCGACGGCUGCUCAUUGUCCUCGUUGGCGUCGUCUUACUCUUCCGGAGGCGGCGGUUCUAAUAAUGAAGAGGCGUCGGAGGACGCCGUCUAUGGGGAGAAGGUUGAGCCUGAGUUUGAUUUGAUGAAGUCGAUGUUGAGGGAGGGUUUGCGUCGGAAAUCGGAGAAACUUGGGGUGGAAAGAGUUAAUAAGGAGUCUGUUGAGCUGGAAGUGGUGGAUAACAAGGGUAUGAAGGAGGUGAAUUUGAUGAAUCAGCAAUCUAAAUUAGGUCAUGAUGUCAAUAGCAAUGAUAGCAAAAAUGUGAAUAAAAAUCAGAGCAAUCACAUUGGUGGAAAGGAUGAGAAUGUGAUCACUGAGGCAAUGUUUAAGGAUUUAGGUGGUAUUAGUGAAGUGAUUGAGGAAUUGAAGAUAAGUGUCAUCUUGUCGUUUUAUCGGCCGCAGCUAGAUCACCACAUCGGGGUCAAGCCCAUGGCUGGGAUUUUAUUGCAUGGGCCGCCGGGUUGUGGGAAGACGAAGUUGGCUCAUGCCAUUGCCAAUGAGACGGGAGUGCCAUUUUACAAAAUUGGUGCCACUGAAUUGUUGUCCGGAGUUGCUGGUGAAUCGGAAGGGAACAUAAGAGAGUUGUUCCGAAAAGCAUACAGGACAGCACCAUCUAUAGUAUUCAUUGAUGAAAUUGAUGCAAUUGCUUCAAAAAGGGAUAACUUACAGAGGGAAACGGAGAAACGCAUCGUGACACAAUUGAUGACUAGCAUGGAUGAAUCACACGUGCCUGUACAACCUGCUGGCAAUGAUGUGAGCUCUGCAAGCUCUAAUAGCAGACCAGGCUAUGUACUUGUGAUUGCAGCAACAAAUAGACCAGAUGCCAUGGACCCUGCAUUGAGGAGGCCUGGGCGAUUUGAUCUUGAAAUUGCGUUAGGCGUUCCUAAUGAAGCUGCCCGGAUUGAAAUACUCUCCAUGCAAACAAGGAAUCUUAGACUUGAAGGUGCUAUAGAUCUUCAGAAAAUAGCUAGAUUGACUCCAGGUUUUACUGGAGCAGAUUUGACAGCAAUAGCUCUCAAGGCUGGUAUCCUUGCAAAGAAGAGAAUUGCUUGCAAGAAAAGGGAUGAGCUGUCCAAAGAUCACAGCGAAGAUUGGUUCAAGUUGCCGUGGUCAGAUCAAGAAAUGGAGAAUCUCUAUGUAACCAUGGCUGAUUUUGAGGAAGCUGCUAAAACGGUCCAACCUUCUUUGAGAAGAGAAGGAUUUUCUGGCAUACCGAAUGUGAAGUGGGAUGAUGUUGGCGGCUUGCAUUCUCUCAGAAAAGAGUUUGAACUUCAUAUAGUUAGACGUAUAAAAUUUCGUGAAGCUUAUGAGACACUUGGGUUGGACUUAGCAACUUGCUUUUUGCUCUAUGGCCCUCCUGGCUGCGGAAAGACGUUGAUCGCCAAGGCUGUGGCUAAUGAAGCGGGAGCCAAUUUUAUACACAUUAAGGGUCCUGAACUAUUGAGUAAAUAUGUGGGUGAAACUGAGUUGGCAGUCCGCACAAUUUUCACUCGAGCAAGGACAUGUUCUCCAUGCAUAAUUUUUUUCGACGAGGUGGAUGCACUGACAACAAAGCGUGGUCGGGAAGGGGGAUGGGUCGUUGAGCGACCCCUGACUCAGCUGCUGAUAGAAUUCGAUGGCUCAGAACAGAGAAGGGAUGUUUAUGUAAUUGGUGCUACAAAUAGGCCUGAAAUGAUGGAUGACGCAAUGCUCCGACCAGGAAGGUUCGGAAAGCUUAUGUAUGUUCCCCUCCCUAGUCCAGACGAACGGGGAAUGAUCUUAAAAGCCCUUGCUCGGAAUAAGCCAGUUGAUGCCAAUGUGGACCUCAUGGCUCUGGGCAAGCACAGUCGAUGUGACAAAUUUAGUGGCGCUGAUCUCUCCGCUCUGAUGGUUGAAGCUGCUACGGCUGUGCUAGAAGAUCAACUAUCAUCAAUGGAUACAAGUAGUGGUGUACAAUGGACGAUCAAAGAGAACCAUUUUAUGAGCGCGUUGCAGAAAAUCUCGCCGUCUGUGUCGGACGAGAAAAUACAAGAAUACAAGGCUUUUUUGGAAAAAUUCAAGUCUCAAUGAGACUACAGUUUUGACCCUUCAAUCCUUUCCCUGAAGGGAAGUUUAGAGGAGACACCCUUCAAUCCUUUCCCUGAAGGGAAGUUUAGAGGAGACUCUUUUUGUAGCAGCAGAGAUUUGGUGUAAUUUUUAAAAAAAAUUAUUUUUGCAUACAUUUGGUGAAAAGAUAUAUAUAUUUAUAGUAAGGUUAAGUUGAUGAUGAGCCCCGGAGUUGUGGAACGGGAGUUUUAUGUGAAAUGUUUUGUUCUUUUGUUAUGAAAAAGAUCCUCAUAACCUCAA